AUGACAAUUUCAAGCAAGAGUUGGGACCCAUGGCCACAUGAUACAAGAAUCCUAGCUGCAAUCCUACAUCAGGCAACACAUAAACAGAAGCCCGGUGGACCCUCCGAUCAACUGAGGUCUGAGCCGUGCGAUCUGGUUUCUGGUAGCAUCCACGGCUCCGGCAGCGCCAGCGCCCGGGCCCGGCGGCCGCGAGCCCGCGAUCAACCAGACAGUUAUGACUUGUGGGCGCCCGGCGGCGAGAAAUUGUGCCCGUUAGUGGACUGGAGAUAUGGGCUAAAUAGUUUAUGGGCUUCAGAAGAAUCGCAAAGCCCAGAGGGGCACAGGCCAGCAUGGCCCCAACGUGGCUUCGCCAGUGCCCGGAGGCAGUGGAGCGACACGAGCGCGAGUCAGGUCGGAGUCCCGGCCGCCACCCGCGCCAAGCUAGCUAAAGCUGGGAGCGCAAGAAAAUGGGCGCCAGCGCCGUCGCCGCUCACGGGGCGCGGCGUGCGUGUUCGGCUGCAGGGAGCCGCACCUUGUGCAUGCCCGCGCGCGACGCACGUACGUGGUGCUGGCCCAGCAGCUGGCAAAGCAUCGGUCGGCGCCGUCGCGCAGGUUGCUUGCGUCGUCCGCUCUAGUUCAGUUCGGCAUAGAGGACUCCUGCAGCAAGCGAGUCUUGAGCUCCUUGAUCUGUCUGGCAGCCUCAACGCGGACCCUCAACGCAGUGAUGAAGUGAGAAAUCCUCUCGGUGAACCUGGCCUUGGCAGCGGCGCUGCCAACUCGGAGAGCAAACUCGUCAAGACAAUCCUCGAUGUCGUACCGCAGCUCCCUGACUUGGUUGCUCCAGUUCUUCACCUGUGGGUCGAGCUCAUCUUCACUGUCCAGCUUCUUGAGGAGAGCGUUUAUGGUGCAGAGCUCAUCCCGGAGAAAGGCCGUAUCGUUUGACAAGUCUGUGAGGUUGCUGCACUUGGCCCCCAUCAGCUGUGCGAGCUUUGCAAGAACGGACUCCAUGGCUCUGUGGCGCAAAUUCGGAAUUGCCGCGUGAGAAUCGAACAGUUUUUGUAGUAGUAGGUAUCUGAAAGUUAAGAAGAACAGCACAUUUCUGCACUCUGCAGUCACCCUAUCUGCUCUGGUCUACUACUCAUAUAUGUACUUGGCCUUGGGAUGUCACACAUAUUACUACUAUCUUCUUGUCUCUCUCUUUUGUUUUCCCAUGCCGUUUUGUUUUCAAGUCAAGAAGUGUAGCUAUCAACACACCGCCCCCAUCUGCACGCCACGAUUGCCGGCCAAAAACAGUUUUUAUAUAUGCCGCAAUUUACACGCCACGACUGGCGGUCA